GUCAAUACGGUAUACUUUACUUUUAUCACUGCGUAGAUUUUCAUGAACUGAGACAUAAAAGCGCUAUUAGUUUUUGUUUCUACGAUUUGAUAAGUAGCCUUCUACGCCAGUGAGUGUAAAGGCACUUCUCAAACAACAGUGCAACCCUUACCUUCGUAUUUAAUUGUUUUAAAUCGUCAAAUAACUGUGAUAUUAUAGGAAGAUGAAGACUUUAUCCCUGGCUCUUUUCUUGGCUGUCUGCUCAGCUGCAUUCGCCACACAAUGUAACGUGAACCCGGUGAACAUUCCCAAGCAAUGGAUCACGAUGUCCCGUGGCUGCCGCGACAGCGUGCGUCGGCAAAUACAGAUGGAGGUAUCCGCUUCUAUACAGUACUUGGCGAUGGGCGCUCAUUUCUCUAAGGAUUCGAUAAACCGUCCUGGUUUCGCCAACCUAUUCUUCGAGGCUAGCAAGGAGGAACGCGAGCAUGCCAUGAAACUUAUUGAGUAUCUGUUGCUGAGGGGAGAACUCACCAAUAAUGUGUCAUCACUUAUCAAUGUUCGGGCCCCCGAGCGCAAGUCCUGGGCAAGUGGUCAGGAAGCCCUCGAAGAAGCCCUAAAGAUGGAGACCGAAGUCACUAAAGCCAUCAGAACUGUUAUCGUGAACUGUGAGGACGAUAGGCAAGCUGCUGCUGGUCAAGAUAACAAUGAUUAUCAUCUCGUCGACUAUCUAACUGGAGAAUUCUUAGAAGAACAAUACAAGGGACAACGUGAUCUCGCCGGCAAGGCAUCCACACUGAAGAAGAUGAUGGACCGCCAUUCCGCCCUUGGAGAGUUCAUCUUCGACAAGAAACUCCUUGGCAUCGACGUUUAAGCCACAAUAAAAAAAUAAAAUUUAAAAAUAAAGAUGUUUAAAUUUAGAACAAACCCCAUGACGGGACUAAUCGUUUUUUUUUUAAUUUAAAAAAAUUGAAACGUCAUUCAGCCUGGCAUAGACAACAUUUUUUUAACAUCUGUCAAAUGUCAUUUUGAUUGUUACCAGUUGAAAAUUUUAUGAAUAAAAAAUAUAUAGGUUAUGAAAAUAUGUUUAGAAAUACAAAAGUGUAGUACAAAUAUUUAAUUCGAAUACAGUAAAGACAUUUAAAUGACAAUCCAUAGAAAUGCGUAGAUUGUUUUUUUACUCCACUAUUAUUUUUGUUAAUGUAAGUCGCCUAGAAUAGCUAUUGUAAAAUAGUGCGACGUCAGUAAUAUAGUUUUGUCAAUUGUAAUUUUUUUAAUAAUAAUUUAUACUCCACCA